UACACGCUUAUUUCUGUAAAGCUGCAGCUUCCCGGGUGCGAUGAUCACUUUGCACUUCGUCAGGACGUUGCGCUGCGGGUCAAGGAGCUGGCGACAACCAGGCGCCCUUUGCAGUGGCCUUAAAGUUAAAGUUCCGAACUGUCGCGACUGUCGGGAGGCUCGCAGCCGCUCCAGCAUUUCCGAUCAGGGGCCUGUGGAGACCAUGGAGGACCUGCUGAGGAGGACCGUGGCUCCGUUACCCACUUAUGAGACGAGAGACAAGUCCUCUCCUCCCCCGGAGUCCAGCAGUGUGGAGAUCAUGCAUUUUUACAGAAGUCUGGAGAAGGAGCAUAAGCUGGAGUUUCUGAGCAGGCUGGCUCAGGAUUUCGGCGUGGAUCACAGAAGCGUGUCAGAGCUGGCAGGCAAAGUGGUAGAGUCGCAGCAGCGGGACAUGGCGACGGUUCUGCAGGCGGAGGACCGGCUCCGGUACAGCCUGAUCCCGCGGUACAGACCGAUGCUGAGCCACAUCAGCAAGGUGGAAGGAGGCGUCAAGUUCCUGGUGGACCUCCGUGCCGAUGUGAUCGACAUCCUGUCUUCUAAAGCCAGCGACAGUCCCCACAUUAGGGACCUGAACGGAACUCUGAAGGGCCUCCUGUCUGAGUGGUUCUCUGUGGGGCUUCUGUGUCUGGAGAGAAUCACCUGGCAGUCCCCCUGCGAACUGCUGCAGAAGAUCAGCCAGUACGAGGCAGUGCACCCUGUGAGGAACUGGACAGACAUUAAGCGUAGGGUGGGGCCGUACCGCCGCUGCUACGCCUUCACCCAUGCCGCCAUGCCGGGGGAGCCCCUCGUCGUGCUGCACGUCGCCCUGACUGACGACAUCGCCAACAACAUCCAGGCUAUUGUGCGUGAGUUUGCCACGCUGGACUCUGAGGAGGACGUUAAUAAGAUCAACGCUGCUGUCUUCUACUCCAUCUCCUCCACCCAGGCUGGGCUGCAGGGGGUGGAACUCGGGAAUUACCUCAUCAAGAGGGUGGUACGUGAGCUGCAGGGUGAGUUUCCCCACAUCUCGCAGUUCUCCAGCCUGUCUCCGAUCCCAGGCUUCUGCUCCUGGCUGCAGGGUCUCCUCAGCCCGCAGCGUAAGGAGGUGCGAGGGGUGGGGCUGCUGACGGACCAGGAGUGGCGGGCGGUGGAGGAGGUGACGGGGGCGGGGUCUGGGGCGGAGGCUGUGGAGGCCCUGCGCAAACUGCUCGGCACCAGCGAGUGGGUGCAGUCGGACCGCCUGGUGCAGGUCCUGGAGCCGGCGCUGAUGCGUCUCUGUGCCUGGUACCUGUACGGCGAAAAGAGGCGUGGCUACGCCAUCAACCCCGUUGCCAACUUCCAUCUGCAGAAUGGCGCCACCAUGUGGCGGCUCAACUGGCAGGCAGACACCAGCCCGCGUGGCAUCACAAACUCCUGCGGCAUCAUGGUCAACUACCGCUACUUCCUGCAAGAGACCAGUGCCAACAGCGCCACCUAUCUGCAGACCAAGGCUAUCAGUGCAUCUGAGCAGGUGCUCAGUCUGGUGUCCCAGUUCCAGAAGAACAGUAAACUGUGACGGAGACUCCAGCCAGCAGCAUAGCCAUGCCUCUGACCUGCCCUGCUCCAGAGAGGACUUCUGCCAAAUCAAAGGAAUCUGAUGAAAAAAUAAUUUAUUGCUUUUUCCUCAGUCCUAAUGCCGCUGGAGUGCUGUUCUCAGACCAUGGUGUCUUGUCUGACAAAGACUCUUUUUAUGGUCUAAAAGACAGAACAUAAUGAAUCCAGACAAACAUCUCAGGCCUCCUCACAAUCCUCUUGUCUGUGAGGUGUACACCCCCAGGGACUGUGUGGAAAUGCCUUCUCUUUCUGUUUUCAGGGUUCUUCUUUAAUAUUUUCCACUGUAACUUGACUGUGAAAUUGCUUAUUUUUUCCCAAAGGACGCAAACAAUUUUCUCUUGCUGAACCAUGCAAUAUGAUAGAAACUAACAAAGUAAAGAAAUGAAAUGGCACAGAAUGUAAAAAUGUAGAAUAUUUCCUUAAGUUUAAGUGCUGAGGGAGUGGAGUGAGGGACUGACCACAGACAAUAAAGACGCUGAUGGAAAGUGGCUUUUGUGUUUUCACGUCUGAGAAACUCUGACAUCUACAAAUGACAAUGAAAACUGUUUUUGGGGAACCUGUCCAGUGCUGAAGGAGACUGUCCCAGCAAAGCGGCUUCCACUGGGUUUCACUCCAGGGUUUCAUUCCAGGGUCAGCCCCCCAGCCCUAAUCCUGACCCCCCAAUCUUCUUAGGCUGAGUGUG